GUCCUCUCUGCUUCUGCGAGACUCUGCUCUCGACACUCGAUCCGCGUCCGGCUCGCCCCCCAAUCCACUUCGCGUCUACUAUUCACAGCCCACCUUGAGCGCUCUAGAAACCUCUCGUCAGCAGCUCGAGAGCUUCCGUCUGCCCCUCGAGCCCAAUUGCGACUUCGACCGCGGUUUGCAGCUGCACAGGCAGGCACCUUUAGCAUCCAAAAGAGAUUCUGCCAGAGCGAGGUCACCAGCAGCUUCGCCAACAUGGCUUCCGACCGCGACGUUCUCCCCUCAUGGGUCAAACCCUCGCACUAUGUUCUCUCCCUCUACGACAUCGAAUUCGGUGGCAAAUUCGGAUACCAGGGUACCGUCAAGAUCAACACAAAGAUUACCAAGGACGACGGCUUCAGCACCCUGGUUCUGAACGCGCACCAGCUCAAGCUGCACGGCGCGGAAUUGAAGACUGGCGACAAGACACACUCUGCAAAGGACAUUACAUACGAUGAGAAGAGGCAGCAGGUCACGCUCGACUUUGGUGACAACAUCACCUACACUGGCGAGGCUGAGCUUGAAAUCAAGUUCCAGGGCGCUAUCAACAAUGUCAUGGCCGGCUUCUACCGUUCCAAGUACAAGCCCAAGGGAGACGUUCCAGCCUCCGUAGCCAAGGACGACGAGUUCCACUACAUGUUCAGCACCCAAUUCGAAGCCUGCGAUGCUCGCCGCGCAUUCCCUUGUUUCGAUGAACCCAACCUCAAGGCUACAUUUGAUGUUGAGCUCGAGGUGCCAAAGGACCAGGUCGCGCUCAGCAACAUGCCCGAGAAGGAGACCAAGCCAAGCAAGCGGGACGGCUUUCACACGGUUGUAUUCGAGAAGUCGCCUGUCAUGUCGACCUACCUCUUGGCAUGGGCUGUUGGUGACUUUGAAUAUGUCGAGGCCUUCACCGAGCGCAAGUACAACGGCAAGAACAUUCCAGUCAGAGUCUACACCACCCGUGGUCUGAAGGAGCAAGGACGCUUUGCCCUGGACAACUGCCACAAAAUUGUGGACUAUUUCUCAGAAGUCUUCCAGAUUGACUACCCCUUGCCCAAGGUUGAUCUGCUGGCUGUUCAUGAAUUUUCACACGGCGCCAUGGAGAACUGGGGUCUCAUCACCUACCGAACUACCGCAGUACUUUUCGACCCCGCCACAUCCGCAGACAGCUACCGAAACCGGGUGGCUUAUGUUGUAGCUCACGAGCUUGCCCACCAAUGGUUUGGAAACCUUGUCACCAUGGACUGGUGGAAUGAGCUCUGGCUCAACGAGGGUUUUGCUACCUGGGUCGGAUGGUUUGCCAUCGACCAUCUUUAUCCCGAAUGGAACGUUUGGGGACAGUUUGUCACUGAUUCCGUGCAACAAGCCUUCGCUCUUGACGCGUUACGCACCUCUCACCCCAUUGAAGUGCCCGUGUACGACGGCCUCGAGGUUGACCAGAUCUUCGAUCACAUUUCUUACCUAAAGGGAUCUUCCGUCAUCCGCAUGCUGAGUGCUCACCUUGGCGAGAAGGUCUUCUUGCAAGGCGUGGCCGACUACCUCAAGGCUCACCAGUACUCCAAUGCAACUACCAAUGAUCUAUGGUCUGCCUUGAGUAAGGCUUCUGGCCAAGAUGUCAACAGCUUUAUGGACUUCUGGGUUCGCAAGAUAGGCUUCCCCGUUGUCACUGUUGCCGAAGAGCCAGGCCAGAUCGGCAUCCGCCAGCAACGUUUCCUUCUCGCAGGUAACGUCAAGCCUGAAGAGGACCAGACUACUUGGUGGAUCCCAUUGGGUCUCCAUACUGGCGAUUCGGCCGCUACUGCAUCCGUACACAAGGCCACUGCUCUGACCCAAAAAGAGGAUACUGUCCGCGAUGUCAACUCCGGCUUCUACCAGCUCAACAAGAACCUCACUGGUUUCUACCGAACCAACUACCCUCCAGAGCGCCUGAAGAAGCUUGGUGAAUCCCGUGACCAGCUCAGCGUGCAAGACAAGAUUGGCCUUAUCGGCGAUGCGUAUGCCAACGCCGUCGCCGGGUAUGGCUCCACUUCUGGGCUGCUUGCACUAGCGGAGCGCUUCCAGGAUGAAUCCGACUACCUCGUCUGGUCUCAGAUCCUUACCAAUGUAGGUAAUGUCCGCAGCGUCUUCUCCGGCAGCGAAGACAUCAGUGAGGCUCUGAGGAAGUACCACCUCAAGCUGAUUACACCGGCUGUCGAGAAGGUUGGUUGGGAGUUCAAGGAUGGCGAGAGCUACCUGGUCGGUCAGCUGCGCGCCAGUCUCAUUCUAUCCGCCGGUAUUGUUGGCCACAAGGCUACAGUCGAUGAGGCCCUGAAGAAAUUCGACGCCUACAUUUCUGGUGAAGAUAAGGGCGCGAUCCACCCUUCGCUCCGCCGAGCCGUAUUCGCCACUGCGAUUAAGAACCGCGGUGAAUCAGCAUUCAAGGCUGUCCAGAACGAGUACCUCCACACAACAUCAAUUGAUGGCAAGGAGAUUUGCCUGCAAUCACUUGGUCGCGUCCAGACGCCUGAGCUUGCUAAGCAAGUCAUGGAAUUUGUCUUCUCAGACGCCGUAGCCAUGCAAGACAAGCACUCGCCGACCAUUGCUCUUGCAAACAACUCCAAGGUUCGUGUGCAAGUAUGGAACUACAUCCGUGAAAACUGGGACACAAAGGUCCACCCCACUCUCUCUGGAAACCCUGUCGUGCUAGAGCGAUUCUUGCGAUUUGGACUUAACAAGUUCACCGAUGCGACUGUGGCGGACGAGAUCCAGAAGUUCUUCUCGGACAAGGACACCAGAGGUUACAACAAGGGUCUCGAGGUUGUCGAUGAUACGAUCCGCAGUUACGCUGCCUAUGCGGCGCGAGACGAAAAGGUUGUGCGAGAGUGGCUGAGUGCCAACGGCUACUUGGCCUGACUCGAUGCAAAGCUGUAGAUGGAUACUCGGCUACUGAGAUGGUAAGCUGAACAGGGACGAAUGCAAUCAUUCCGUGACAUAGUCUCAAUGUAAAACAUGAAAUCAAAUGAGC